AUGAUUCCCUCAGAAGCUCAAGCUGCACGGAGCAGCCCCAAGCUCCUCCCUCUCAGCCCCCUCAUUGGCUCAAGAGAACUAAAUAAAAUUACAGUCUUCGCUUCCGGCCCUGUCAGGAUAGGUUCCCUGCAGAAACAACAGAGGCUGCCCGGAGGCCUGGAAGCCGCCUACCCCAGGCCGCAGAGGCUGUCGGGAGGCUGGGCCAUACUCCCCGGAGGCGGAAAGGAGCCAUUUGAGGCCAAGGAACUUGUCGCUCAGCGCGAAACGAAGACGCCGAAGCACCGGCAGACCAGGGUUCUGAUCAAGCAGGAAAGGAGAAAGCAGAAGGAAUAUUUUGAAAAGAAAAGGUUAAAAUCAAAAAUGAAAUUACUGGGAGUUUCAUCCCCUGUCAAAAAUUCUACUGUCAGUUUAGACCUCCUUAACCUGUAUAUGGUAAAUCAGAUAUCUUGCCAGAAGAAAACAUCUGAAACUGUGAGAAAACCAAUGCACGUGAAUAUGAAUAAAGACAUAAAAAUGCCCCUAAGAAAGCAUGAUAUAGAACUUCCAAUGUCACCUAACUGUGUACCAUCUAAACUCUGCAUUGAUGAUAUAGAAAACAAUAUAUACUACCAAAGACUAGACACCAAGGAAGAACUUGAUCCAGUUCAGCUCAGUAAUGUUAAUUAUUCUCAUUCCUUGGUUUCUAAAUUAAAUAAAAAUCAAGAUACUUUCAAUCUAUCAUAUGAAACAGCACAAUCUGGACCAUUAUUUGAAAGAUUAAACAGUCCAGGAAAUAGAAACUUCCUUACAAGGACACCUACUGUAGUUGUAGGUGAAGAUUGUGGAAGCAUGGAUGAGAGAAGACAGUCACACUUCAUUACUGAAAAUAACUCAUUACAACAUAUUUGGAAAGAAAAUAGAAAAAAGUUUUCAAAUGAAGAUAUGAACCAGCAAACCUCCAGCCUUCUAUCAGAUAAUAAUGACUCUUUUAUUAGUGAAAAUAUGAUCAAUUUAUUAAACAUAGACCAACAGAAGAUAAAGGAAACCUUUGACAAGUAUGAUUAUGAUAAUACACGAGAUACAUGUGCAGUCAUUGAUUCUGAUAAAAACCAUUUCACUGAUAGCCACAUUAAAAGUAUUUUUACAGAUCCAGAGUUGGGUUUUAGUAAAUCUACUUUUAAAAUAUCAAGUUGUUCAGAAAAGUAUCAGCCAAACAAGAUUUGCCAGAAAGAGUACAAGAAUAAUGAAAAAACUAAUCUUAGUACAUCUUUUGAGAAAGAUUUUUAUUCAGCCAGCUCUAAUAAAAAAGGAAAAUUUGAAAGUGAUUACCAAGAGAAGAUAUACCAGGAGAAAAUACAGAAAUAUUCAGUGAAUCAUAUGGGUAAUAUCCCUUUGGAAGAAUUGCAUUCUGAGCAAACGUGGGACUUUGGAGUUGGUGAGAUUCUGAUAGAAGAAGGAGGAAUGUGUUCUUUCAAAGAUGGGACAACCUCUACUAGGAAAACUUAUCUUGAUUCUUCACAGAGUAGUCAGUCUUCCAGUUACUCUCCAAGGCCAACGGAUAGUAGUUGUUUCAGUUCUAGUUCAGAGAUGCCAUCAGAAGAUGAAGAUCAAACUGAAGAUUCAAAUAGGAGAUCCAUCAAAACCAAAGAAACAACUAAUAAUUUUUAUUUAGAAAACAUGGAAAAAUAUCCAUGUGAUAAGGUUAUUAAUAACAAUGCCAAAUUUCAUAAAAAAAAUGAGAAUUUUAACCAGUUCUCAGUGAAUAAUAAUAUACAUCAGUUCCCAGAGUCUCAGUGUAAUUCAGCACACAUAUUGGAAAGCAAAACCAGUAAUAACUGCAUUCUACAGGUUGCAAGGUGCGAUGCAUGGGUACAAACAGAGAAUGAACUUACAAUGGAGGAAAAAUUAGAUGCUGCCAUACAAUGUGAUAUAAUUUCAAAAUGUAAAUGUAGAAAUGAGGUGUCUUCUUUUUGUAAUGUUGAAAGGUACAAUGAAAAUGUUAAGGCAGAUACCACUGGAGGGCAGGAAAUCCUCAGAAACAACUAA